UCUCCAAGCCUAGCUAUCUCCACCUUUGAUCCUGUUCUGGCAGCGCAAUGCGUUAGCAUACUUCCUAUGUUCACCGAAAACGACCCCCAGGUCCGAACCGAGUCACCGACCGGUGGGUAGAGGCGAGUGCUUUCAAAGUAACCAUUCAUGAGCAAGAAAUGAUAGCCGAAAGGAAGAUGCACGGCACCCAGGGCGCCAUAUGGGGUAUAACUAUCUACGAAGUGAUCGUUCUUCCAGAGAUCGAGCUUCAGCGAGCAAGGAGAAUGUCGAUGGCAGGGGUCCGUCUGAACUCCGGCCAUCCAUUGACCUCCAAAGAUCAGGCAAAAGGGACGGUUUUUGCAUACUGGUGCGAGAAUCGACCGUCCACUAGAAGACAGAAGGCCUUCUUGGAAUGAGAUCUCAAACUCAGAACAAAAUGAAGAAAGCCGGGGUGAUUGCAAAAAAAUCAAAUUAAAUAAAAGAAAUCGAAGAGGGGUAUCGUAGUUCAAGGCGCGAUCGCUAUCGUUCCUUCGUCGCGCAAAUCUUUUUUUUCUCUGGUUUUCGUUUUUCCCUUCUUC